AUGCGAAUAUGGGGGGGAUCGAAAUGGAUCGAAGGUAGUCUUGGACCCGAAGGUAACAUCUCGGACCGAAGGGUGAGUUCGGGUUCAGUCUAUACGAGGCUCGGUCCCAUAUGCAGCUUCGGUCUUAUACAGGAGCAGUUUUGCAUAUAUUUUUGGGCAUUUUCAACUUGGGAGGAGCAUCAAUAUUGGUGGCGGUUGCCGGUGGGUCCCGGCGUUGAAACCCACAAACAGACGCGUGGACAUAACACGCAUCGAAACAUUAAAUCAAAAGGAAAACCAGAGGAGGAGCCGUUUGCACCACCGCGUUCUGUUUACUCUUUCCACCUCGGCGUUCAUAAAAAAGAGACCAAAACUUCUCCAUCAUUUCAUUCUUCAAACCCAAGCAAGAAUUAUUCCCAAUUUCCCAAUUUCCCAACCCAAUUCAUCUUUACUUACCCCUUUUCCCUUUCACGUUUUCUGAAAUUUAUACAGAAUUCGAUUUACAACCACUCUUUCAGCUUUUCAGAUACCCACAGGUCUUCGAUUUGUUCAGUUAACAGACAAUCGGAGAAGCCCACCACCAGUUCACCAUAA